AUGGUGUGCGGGCCGCGGAGGAGCACCCCUCUCUCCCUUCCUCCGUCUGGCCACCCCUCUGCCCGCCUGCGUGCGGCCGCUGCACCUGCGAGGAGUGCGAUGAUGAAAACACUUUCUAACGACGAGCGGACCGACUUGCACCCAUGCGGACAUUUCGAAUGUGUACAAAUGUUGAGCCUCCUGUGUGCGUGCGUGUGCGACCCUGUUCUGUUGCGGCCAUGCGCUGCUGCCUGCCGUGCGUGUGUGUGUGCUGUUGUGCGCUGCUUUUCACUUGCUUCCCUUUCCGUCCACGCGACGUCUCUGUCUAACGGGGUGCGGCGCUCUUCCGUCAGCGCACCUCGAUUUCAGGAGACGGAGAGUGCGCCUCGACGAGCGCUGUCCGAGGAGACCCGUAGCCGCUGCAACUCUUCUAGGUGA